AUGGAAAAACCCCAAUGCUCCUCGCCUCUCAGUCCAGAUGAGCUGGCCCGGCUUGCACCAGCGGCAUUCACCACGCUCCCCGUCCGGAUCAACCGACACGACCAGCAGGCGCGAAAGAGUAGUUUUCAUUUCGUGAAAGCUUGGAGAGAUGCUUCGCAGCAGUCGCCUUUGAGCAAGCAAUCCACGAUCAAUUGGGAGAAUCUCAGCUCGUCUAGUCCCAUCGGCCACUUGGCGUCCCUGGUACACCCGGAAUGUCGACCAGAACUACUCGUCUUUAUGGCAAAGGUGUUUGAUUAUGCUCAGAUACACCAUGAGAUUGUGCAGCCGGGAAACGAGUCAAUAGCCAAGCCAAGCUUAACUCCCGAGUCAAACCCGCAAUCACAGGCCCCUUCAGAACCAGAGGCAGCGGACACCUUGGCCGCAAUGUUAUCUCCCAACCCUGUAUACAAGCGCAUUCAGCUCUCCCUCGCAUCCGAGUUAAUGGAAGUCCACGAGGACAACCUGCAGGCUGCUCUUGAUUCCGCAUCCGUUGUUGUUAAAGCGAUUUGGCUGAAUCAACAGGAUGCGUGUGAACCCACGACGUUUGACCAGUACUUCCUGAGCCAGCAGGCCAAGGGGAAAGCCCUGGAGACGACGCUCCUCCUCGAGGUGGAUCUCCGACCUACCUCUGCUGAGCUUGUAUGUGCAGAAGAUGUUCUUGCGCCGCUUCGCGUUGCACAAACUCUUGCCCUUGAGUAUUUCAGCUACGUCCAGACUGUGGAAGAACAGAAUGUCGGAACCACGUCUAGUUUAUCAUCUUCGUUGCCGACGAAAGGCGUCCCUCUGCUCAUGGCUGAACACGGCAUAUCCAAGAAGGAGGCACUGGCAAUUCUUCAGCGGAAGAUUGUAGCCGCGGAGCAGGAACACAGCGAUAACUAUAUAUCGUUCUCUGAAGACAAGACUAUGCCCGACAAUAUCCGACAGUAUGUCGAGCUGAUACGAUUGGCAACUGGGGGUCUUCAUGUUUGGGCCUCGUGCACGCCUCGGUACCAGCGCAAUGCGAUGAGAAGUGAAAAUGCGAAGGGAGCGGGGCUUAUAGGGACCAACUACGAGCGGCUGUCGUGGAUAGGGCCCAGAUCUGGAUCCGGCUUCGUUUUGGGUUUCUGGAUUCUAAUUGUGGUGUUGGUGUUUCUGGCGCAAGGGGCGUUUUCCUCUUCGUAUCGAUUCAGGCUCUAG